GCAUAAUCAAGCUUUAAUAUUUGGUUUAUGAAAGUGAAUACAUUCAUUAAUUACAGUGAAUAAACUCAAUAUUCAACACAACUUGUUAGUGAUUAACUAACUUAUCUAUGGGGGACCAAAAAAUGUUAAUAUAUUCAGUAAAUGAAUGAAUUCAGACAAGAAUAAAUGAUGACUUUUCAACAUUUCUGCUUUCUGAAAGGCUUUCUGUAGUUUUACCAUGUAUACAUACACUAUUUUUCUUCUUUUUAUUAAACCUUUUAUUGCAUUUUGAAUAAUUAAAUAAUCAAGGCUGGGCACAAAAGUCAAAAAGUUUAUCACUAUAAAAGAGCAUUCUUUAUGGAUGAUACAAUCUAUAUAAUUUGUCAUUAUUGCUAUUAAAGAUUAUAUUGUGUCAUCUUUUAUACCUUUCUAUCAAACACGUUAUAACCAUGUAUGACGCUGUGUUUUGCAAGUUUUUAUUAUCAUUGUUGUUAUUCAACAUGUAUAACAAUGUAUUCAACAUCGUACGUAUUGCGUAAAAUGAAAGGCAUCUCUCGAGGAACCCGGGCCACGUGUUGUUCAUCGCAGAUAUAUUUUACAACCGUGAAGCGUCUGAACUCCGCAAGCUGCAGAUACUCACAGGUGCUCGAGCUUUAGUGUUCGUCGACAAAAUGCAGAAUCUGACCGACUUUCCCGCCAACGCCACGUCCAACAGAAACCUCUCAGUGAUCGUUAAAGUGUGCGUGGUCAUCCCGUUCUUCUGCGUCUUCCUGUGCUGCAUCGCCGUCAUGCUGCACAUCUUCGCGUCCCACAGGCAGUUCCUGGACACGUCGCGCUACAUCCUGUUUGCCUACAUGCUGGUCAACGACGCGCUGCAGGUCACCACGUCCGUGCUGCUCUUCCUCCUCGUCAUGGCCCGCGUGGAGUUCGCCCUCGUCUACUGCAUUCCUCUGCUCUUCGUGUCCACCGCCACGUUCCAGAACACGCCUCUGAUCCUGGCCACCAUGUCGCUGGAGCGAUACGUCGCCAUCUUCUACCCGCUGCAACGCCCGGCCACGUGGCGCUCGGACCGGAUCUGGAUCAUCAUUCUGUCCCUGUGGUCCGUCAGCUGCGUCUUCCCCAUCAUCGACUUCAACAUCGGGGAACGUGACCCCGCGGUGGACGUCCUCUCCACGCCUCUGCUCUGCAAGACCGCCGUCGUCAACCCGUCUCCCGUCCAGACGCUGUUCAAAGCUGCCGUGAGCGUGCUCUUCUUCGCGGUGGUCGCCGUCGUCAUCCUCUUCACGUACGUGAGGAUCCUGCUGGAGACCAGGAAGCUGAGGCAGGACACGGCGUCCGUGAGCAAAGCCAUGUACACGGUGCUGCUGCACGGCUUCCAGCUGCUGCUGUGCAUGUUGGCCUUCACUCACCCCAUCACCGAGACUCUGACGGUGCUGAACGCCGACUGGCCGCCGGAGGACUUGGCCUUUUUCAACUACUUCUGCUUCGUCCUGAUCCCGCGCUUUCUCAGCCCGCUCAUCUACGGCUUCAGGGACCAGAGUCUCAGAGGACACAUUCAAAAAAGCUUCUUCUGCUGCACAAAGGAGGUCAAACCUCUGUCCUAAGAUUCACACGUUUUUCAAGACUCUGAAAGAGAGAGAAAAAAAACCCAUUAGCUACAGACGAGAGAUCGUAGCAGAUAAAAGUGACCACGUGACGAUGAGGCGCAAGAAAAAUCGAUCAAAAAAGCCAGAUUUUUUUCAGCAAAGUCUAAAUAAAUCUGCAUAAAAUCAA